AGUCCUGUUAUGACUCUAGAAUUUGAAAAUCCACCGCUUUUGUCAAACAUCGCUUUGAAUUCGUCCUAUAAUAAUGAGACCGAUUUCGGAGCGUUGGAUCGAGUGAGAUCUAAGAAAACUUCAGUGAUCUCUGUGACAAGGAGAGAAAGUCUCCACGCCAAGGAGAAACUACAGGAAAAACGUGAAAUGUCCGGCGAAUAUUCUGACAACUAUGAUAGUUACGAGGAUGAUUUUGACAGCCCGAGUCCCACGAAAAAUGCAACAAGAUCUCGGAGAUAUUCUUCGAGACGCGAAUCAAGAAUAUCAGAGAGGGCUCGAUCAACUUCGAGAUCACCGUCUGAUUCACCUCCUAAACAACGAUCACGAUCGAAAAAGGCAUCUACAAGGAGGGACUCAUUUUCUUCGUAUCGAAGUGCAUAUGGUACAAACAGAGGUAAAUUUCCAGUAUCCGAUUUUUGUUUUCCUUUUUCGGCAAUGUGUCUGAUGUGGUUUUUAGUCUUAUGAGGUCUUGAUUUUUGUUUGACAUUACUCAUAACACUAUCGAGUCUGAGAAUAUUGUGGAAAGUUAUUUUUGUUGAUUGUCAAUACCUGCUAUUCACAAAAGGUGUAGAAAUCAGUAUCCGUUGUAGGCUCUAGUCAAUUUCUUGUAAUUCAAUCGAUGUCUGAACGUAAACCAAUUUUAAAUGGUCCUGGCGAGUUUUUGAUAUCGAGACCAUUAAGUUUACUUAUGUUUCAACUAUAAUAAAAGCCUCCAUGGAACAGCGUUCCAAAUAAAAAGGCGCUGAGGGAAAUUUGAGGUGGAACGAAAAGCAUACAUUUUUGUUUGUUUGUACCCAGUACACAGUUUCUACAGCACGUCUGACACCUAGCUAUACAAUUUCAAUAUAAAUAAUUAAUUGUAAUCAAAGGAGAGAAAAACUCACAGUGUUCACAGCGUUUAUUUUAUAGUUUAUAAGUGGCGAUUUCAUCCUUUCAGGAGACUUUUUAUAUUAAAAUAAAUUAACUGGUCAUUUUUAGUUACUUUUGUUGAUUUCCUCUGUAACAAGGAUAUUUUAUAUUUGCGUGUACGAGCUUGUCUUUGUCCAAUAUUUUUUACCCAAAUUAUUCUAUGCUAAUUUGUUUUAAGUUUUGCCAAUCAAAUUUCCGAAACACAAUUUUUUAGCUUUGCUAUAAUGACCUCUGCCAUGUGCCAACAUACAGUUAUCCUCAUAACUAAAUUAUUGAAGAUUAAGGGAAUUUUCCCUUGAUCCUCUUACUGUAGGCCAGAUCAUAUCAUAUUAGACAAUUUUAAAAUUCUAGCAUAGAGAGAAAAUGGAGAAACUGACACAAGGUAUCAAUGGGAGAAUAUUAAAAACUUACAUGUUGGUUUAUCUGAUAAAAAUCAGGCUAAGUUUAAGGUUGAUCAAAUUGUUCUUUACUUAAGAUACAUCAUGUACAAAAACCUGCUGAUCUGUCUCUGUAACAAAUGGUAAAUUGAAUAUAUCUAAGGUGUUAUGACCUUUCCCCUUUAAGAACAAACUUGUUGUUCAGGUUGAGUUUUUACCUACAAAUUUUUCUUACAUGUAUUUAUUUUUUUCCUAAUGAAAGUACACGUAUAAAUUUUUUUUUAAUUCAUUGGGUCUCAGCCACUUUUACUGUACCAUGCUGUGAUUAAAAUUUUAUACCAAGUAGUUAUUUGCUAUGUGAGCUAUGUUUUAAACAGCCAUCUAUGCAGGUAUAAUCAUUGAGGCCACAGGAUUGAUUUUAUAGUACAUCAAGAGCCUAUUUUAUUUCUACUUUCACUGAGAAGAGCUGAGUGAAUUGAAUCUAUGACUUUUGCAAGAUAGUGAAUGAAGGGUGAUGUUUUUCAGGAAGCUAACCCUAACCUCAAAUUAAAGGAAGUCAAAAUUUCAAGACAACGUUGAGAAAGAAAUCAAGACUUUUAGACAGAUUGAAAUUUAAAUCUGUGAGAAAAUAAAAAUUGAGGCGAUUGGUCCAAAGUUUCAGGCUGAAAUAGUAAAUAGCUUAACUUCAUUCCCAUGCUUAUUUUUUGCUACUCUGCAUCCAAGAUCAAUGGUCAUAGACUAGCUUGAUUUUGUCAUUUCAAAUGUCAGAUGAGGCCUUUUUUGAAAUGGUAGUUACCUUCCACUUGCUUUUUUUUUUGUUCUUUGUUUUGCAAAUAGGAAUGGCAGAAGUGAGAAGAAUUAGUAUUCAAAUAAAACCAGGCACUAACAUUACUGAUGCGUUGAUAAUGAAUCCAUAGAAACAAGGGUUGCAUUUUAUGAUUGAAAGGUUGUUGUGUAGGAGAUGGGAUGUGUGAUGCGAUAAAGAAGAUUUUACUUGACAUUGUCGCAUUUACUCACAUAUUAACUUUACAAAUCCCUCCUUUAAAUUUAAGUCCUUUUAUUUUAAGCUUAAAUAGACUUAUCGAAUCUUGCUCUUUAUCUUGUUAUUUAUUAAGUAGAAGUACAACAUCUCUGUCUUCUAUAACCCAUAGACCUUUAAGAGUGAUUAACAACUAAUUUCUCCUUGUGCUAUCACCCCUGAAUCAAACAUUAAGGUCAUGAGAAUAAAGGAAAUAAUCACCAUCUAAAGAAGCUCUUGAUUGUUUAAAAUAUUCUCCUAGACAUCGUCUUAGGUAAUGUAUGGUGAAGAGAAUGGAGAAUAUGCAUACUGAUGUUAGGGUGUAAACAUAUUUUUCUUUGUGUAUUUUAGGUGCACCCAAAAAUAAACCUAAGAAGAGCCAAUCGGCUAGCUCAAAGAUGACAACCAAAACCACUGUUGGGGAGAGUUCAAUGAUGAGACGCGUGUUGUCUGCUAACAAACACAAAGUUUCAAGACUUUACAAUAUUUUGGAAGAACUACAACAAGAAGUCGAAGAACUAAAGGACGAGAAUAAAUCUCUGAAAAGAGUGAGCCAUCGACAAGAGAAGCAAAUUAAGAAAAUCGACGAAGAGGAAGCGAGUUUGCCCAUGUUGCUUCAAAGGCACAGCGCAGAGAUGCGAACUUUGAAAGAAAGAAUGAGAAAAAAUCAAGACGUUUUGCACAAGAAAGAGAGGGAAUCUAAAGAAAGAGACGCCGAGAUUCAGAAAUUGCGUGACAAAGUCAAGAGUUUUCGAGUACUAUCACAAGACAGGAAACUUGAAGAACGAGCGACUUUGGCGAAGAAGUUAGAGAACGUCCAGGACGAAAUAGCAACAAAAGACAAAAAGAUAUUGGUAAGUUAGUUUUGAAGACUCAAAGGGGAUUAAGAAACGAAGGUGGCUUAUCAGUGUCGUAAAACCGAAGUAAAGUGAUCUAGAGAAAUAAUAUUAACGAAGGAAAAUGGUCGGCGUAUUAUUUAGAUGACAGUCGAAAGCAUUAGUUUAUUCCUUUUGCCUCUCUCUGUAAUUGGUCUUUAAACUCCCGCCACCUUCUUAGCCAAUCAAAUGCAAAAUUAAAACUGAUUGCGAUUGGUCGCGCAUGCUUUCCCGCGCUUUAGACAGUUAGCUUGUUUUUGCUUUCGUUUCUCAUUGGUUCCCCGUGACAUACACUAUACAUUCCUUCUCCCGAUUGGCUGAUUCGAUCACUUGGAAUAUGGUUUUAUGACUCUGGUUGUCAUUGACUCCUUGUGAUAUAUUUUUUCCUUCGUUCUGAUUGUCUGGUGUAGAAAAAAAAAAAAAAAAAAAAAGAAUUCACCAUUGAAGAAUCUUAGUAAUAACUGUUAAGGUUUAAAAUGCAUGAAACCCAAAUUACAAUGUCCCUAAAUAUAAUCAAACUUUUAGUAAUCUUAAAAUAGCACCACUUUUAUGCAAAGUUUGUUUUCCAGGUGCUUCUGGAAUGUUUUUGUAAAAUUCACAUAGCAACUUUUCAACCUUAAUAAGCGUUGGAUCGAACAAAAAAAAAACCUUUUACCUCACUCCUUUUGUAUCUCCAUGACGAAGCUUUUGACAGACUAACUGCCCCCUAAAGCUUAUUAUGUCAAUUGAAUUUCCUCCCUAAAAACGUGCUGUCAUGAAUCGUUAAUAAAUUAGCCAUUAAAAUGUAUUACUCAGCUGUUUGUUUCUCACGGUUUUUAGGAUCUAGAAAAAGCUAUCGCUCUUAAAGACAAGGCAAGACAGCGAGAGAUGAAGGACCAAAAAGAGCGCUACAAGCAGGCGAAAGAAGAAUUAAAACGGGUCCAAGACGAUUUCCGCUCGCUGCGAGAAAGAUUGAAGGUAAUUAAUGUUUUUCCACAUUCACGUUUUUGUCAUAUGAAGGUUUGCAGGAAUUUCGCCAUAUUUUAACGCUCUUGUCAGCUUGAAUGUAUGAUAAAAUUCUACGCCGCAUUUCUCUCUUUGACUGAGAGCGCAUUGUGGCAAAAAAUAUCAUUUAUGAAAAUAAAAUGUGUAGCAUUUGCUUCAUUUUAUCAGCGUUGUAGACUUAGCACAAGAGAGGACGGCUUUACAACUUCGCAAAAAAUAAUCGUCAUUAAUUUGAUGUAUUUUACACAAGGAAAAGACCUAGGCAGAAAACUAACGUAUAAACUAAUCAAGGAAAUCGCAAUCUGUAUGUGUGAAUUUUUCGUGCAGCACAUGUGGUGUUGAGAAGUGCUUUGUAAUUUGUUAUAGCAUUUGCCUUCGAUUUUCUUAGCCACUUGAAAGCACUGAACUCUCACUUUAAGGCGGAAGUUGUUGUCGCUCCUAGUCGGCCUUGAUGAUAUACAUUUAGAUCGAACUAGUCUGUAUUCAAUGUUCUAUUUAUCUUCUUCCUAUGGUAAUUGUUAUGCAAUCGAUGCAACAAAAACGUGAUUUCGUCAACAAAUUUUUAUAAGCUUCUGAGAAUGGAAGCAUUUUUUAAACAGUUGUGUCCAUGAGAAUCCUUUUUCUUUGACAUCUGAGACUUCAUAGGUUUGUUCAGUGAUGAUGCUUCCUUUGUUUCUCUGCUGUCGCGUAGCUCCACGUGUCUUAACGUUGAGCAGUCUAUUUUCCCAGUUCACGUGAAAGCUUUUUUUUUCCUCUUCACUAGGAAAAAGAGAGAGAAUUGGAUGAGAAGAACAUCUAUCAUCAACAUAUUGUUCAGAAGAAAAAGAAAGUUCCAAAUUUACCAGCACUCCCUGCGGGCAGCCAGGGCAUUCAUGCACCCGCUAUCACUGCUCCAGCGGUUCACAUUGAAAAAGCGCCAGAUACGAAAGAGAAAAGAACAAAUGUAUUUUUGACAAAUGCGGCGAGCGACUCUGGUUCGGUUGUAACGGAUGAAGGGAGGGACACAGAUGAGAAGUCUGAAAAAGUCAGCGUUAAUCAUGAACUUCCCGUGGUUUCUGAACAGACGAGACAUGGAGGGGUCCUCCAAGUUGAUGGAAAGGAAGACGAAGAGAAAAAAAGGAGAGAAGCUAAGGAGAGAAGGAGACAUGAGGAGGAAGUGGAGCAGAGACGGCGCAUUGACGAGGAAGAGCGCAGAAGGAAAGAAGAGCAAGAGAAACGAAAGGAAGAAGAACAUGAGAGAAGAUUGCGCGAAGAGGAGGAACAAUUAAGGAAACAACGAGAGGAACAGGAACGAGCCAUGAAACAAAAGGAAGAAGAAGAAAAAAAGCGAUUUGAAGAAGAAGCUGGGAUCAGACGGAAGAAAGAUAUGCUGCUGGCGCGCAUGCGAGCGAUUGAUGUAGGAAACGAGAAAACAGACACUGUGACUGCAACCGGAGGGACUACUGGUCCCCCUGUGGAAGACAAACCCAAAAAAGUUCCGAUUUUCCUUCAGAGCGAUAAACCUGUGAAAACAGAGCAGGAGCCAGUGAAGCCUCCAAACGCGGCAAGUUCGGAUGACGAUAUUCUGUCCGAUACCAGUGGCGGCAGAAAGAAGUUCAGCGCCAGCUCGAGACAAAGCCGCUUCUCGUACGAUUUCAAACAAACUGUAGAAAAUCUUCAUCAUGGUCUCCCUGCGCAUGCUGCACAGGAGGGCGUAAAACCAGAGGCCCAAAAAUCGGACACGAAAGACUCUCUGUCGGACGAUCUAAGUUUUGGUACUUACAAACCUACACUGGGCAGAAGGGCUGCCGCCAAAAGAGACAAUAAAGACGAUUUGAGUUUUGGAGGGUAUAAUCCUUCUUUUGGUUCGAAUAAAGAGACAGCUCGCAAAAAUAGCGGUCUUAACUUUGGCACCGGGAAGAAAAACGCUACUGAAAAAGAACAAAACGGUGUCAUCUUUGGGGAUUAUAACCCUUCUUUUGGAGGGUCGCGUGAGCCAGCAGCUUCCAGCCUACCAAACGGUGACGUUGGGGGAAAGUCAAGUCCCCCACGUGGUCGCAGACCAAGAAAUUAUGGUGGUAAAACAGCUUCUUUGUUUGACGACGAUCUUUUUACAAAUGAGGAAGUCAAACCUGCAGGUAAUCCUCUGUUUGGAGACAGCUCCAUAAAAAAAGACAAAUCAUCUUACCCAUGGGAAAACAAAGUAAAUGUUACAAGAUCUAACGUAUCUCAAGAGGAUUCUCUCCUGCCUCGAAGGAAACAUUUGCAAAGUAUCGGAAAAAGCACAGAGAAAAAUGUACGCGCUGUAGAUAAUGCGCUGGAUGAUAUUGAUGACGAGAUUGAGGAAGUUAUUCUAUAAUAAAGAGUUUUAAAAAUUAUCUAAAUUAUAAUAUAGAUAAGUAUUUAAGAGACGCGUUACCUUCGCGCAAAAGAUCUUCGGAUAGUUUGAGAAGUUAGCCAUGACAUUUUUUUUUUGUUGUGACAUCCAUUUAUAAGAACCUCUAUUAAUUUUCUCAAGUACUGUCCGUUAUUGAGGCUAAACUCAAUCGAUGUCGUGUUUUAAUCGAUGUCGUGUUUUAAUAGAUGACGC